AUGAGUGAUAGAAGGCCCCAGUGCACGAUUUGCGGUGACGACUUUGACGAGGGCGUCCAACCCGUCUGCCACAAUGACCACGCCUGGUGCCGCGGCUGCAUCGCCGAAUCCAUAGAAACCGCCAUCCGCAACGUCACGGACGCCGCGUGUAUGCCGCCGCGGUGCUGCGGCGACCCGGUGCUACCGGUCGAGGGGCUACCGGUCGAGGGCGACGACGUCGACCCGGACCAGCAGCAGCACCCCGCGCUGCGGCUGCUCGGCCCGGCCGCGCGCGCCUCCUAG